AUCAGCAAAAUGUGUAAAGAAUAGUAUUGCUGAAUUGGAGUUUGUCAAUUUACGACUUAGGGGGGAAAGUAGUACACUAAAAAAUCGUUUAACAUGGAAAUUCCAUAAUGGCAAUUGAAGAUGCGAAAUAGAUUUUUCGAACAGCGAAGUUGUGCACCUCUUCAUUAUAUUAUAUUUUGAUUUGAUAUAAAUCAUCAAGCCUAUUAACAUUUCGAAAACACCGAUAUCGAUGUGCAUGGAUAUGCAGAUGGGUGGACGACCAAGAUAAGCAUCGAUACCGCUUCCAUGUAUCGGAUAAACCAUCGAUGUUUUCUCACAUAUCUAGUUUCAAAGAAAACAACACCAAACACCGCUGUGUUUCAGAUCUCUACAAAUACGCUUGCUCUUAUUGCGCAAAAUGCAUCUGCAAACAUUAAAAUGCCUAGUUUGGAUGGGCCUGUGGAUAGUUCUCUGUGCAGCUCCCGGCGCCGUUCAUGGUUACGAAAAGGAGAUGACCGUCUAUGUGGAUGCCGGAAAGAAGGAGUGCCUGUACCAGAGCGUCAAACUGGGUGAAACCAUUGACUUUGAGUACCAAGUGAUAGACGGCGGUCACGGCGAUUUGGACAUUAGUUUUGCGCUACUUGACCCCAUUGGCUUGGUUAUAGUCAGCGACUAUAAGAAGUCGGAGAAUAUCCAUCGGCAUGAAGUGCAGAAGGAGGGUGAUUACCGCUUCUGUUUCGACAAUGGUUUUAGUGUGUUUAAUCGCAAGACGGUCUUCUUUGAGUUGAUUGUGGAGCGCGAGGGAGAGCAGCAUCAUGGCGACUCUCAAUGGAAUGGUGUGGAUGACUUGGCUGGGCUAACGCCCGAGGAAUACUACGACAUGAAGGUGCAGGACAUUAUGGACUUUAUUGGCCGUAUGCGCAUGCAACUCACCAAGGCACGCCAAUUGCAGGACGUACUGCGCUCCCACGAAGCCCGAGACCGCAAUUUGGCCGAAGCCAAUUUCCAAAAGGUGAACAAUUGGUCGAUGUUGCAAAUAAGUGCCAUGAUUGGCGUUGGUCUCAUUCAAGUUUUCAUGGUGCGCAGCAUUUUUGAGACCAAUGGGCGCAUGUAUAUGUUCUGGCGAAAAUUGGGCAUUUGAUGUGCUCGCCAGUUAGUUGAUGCCCGUUGGAGGGCGUAGCAAAUAGUACCAAAGAAGUUGUGCGGAUGUAUUGCAUUUAAUCCAAUCGAUUGUUGAAAAGUAGUCACAGUGAUGAACGGUCCUUAGUUAGUCCUUUGCCAUAUACCUACUAAGUUAUUUGAUAUAUAACUAUCUACAUAUUUAUAAACAUGUUUGUGUGUUUCCGUGCUUUGUGGAUGCGUGUGUGUGCGAGCGUUAUUAUACAGAAAGCAAUUGUAAUUUAAUAUCUAAAUUAAGAGUCAUUAUCACAACAUUUUUGGAACAAAUAAAGAGCAUUUUAAAGGUA